UUUUUUUUUUAAUAAACGUUUUAGGUUUUGAUUUCAUUGCGCGCUUACAUUUGAAGUUCAUAUUUAGGAAUAACUUUAUUUUCUAACCUCGUACAUAAAUGGCGGAAGCAAGCAAAAAAAAAAAAAGUUUCUUGAUUGCAUGGUUCCUUGUAGUUUCACAUGUCACAUCAAAUUAUACACAGUAACAGCAUAGAAAGGUAACAGAGCACAUAAUGCAAAAUAAACUACUUUUGCCCAUUUAUUAAUUCAUAUUUAACUGAUUACGUAAAUAUUUCAUUGUAUUGAAAUAAGGUUUAUUUACGGUUCAGUUAUGUGGUUAGCCUGAUCUUCGUUAGAACAUCGGCAAAUCGGCAAGUUUUUAGAACCCAGUCGAGAAACAAGACAAAAAAAGUUGGAUGCCGAAUGAAGCAAAGUUCAUCGCUUCGAUUGGAACGCAGUAGAUACAUCAGACCCGCAAUUAUGCCAUGUGCUCUUACAUUAUAGCCAACCAUCUCGCGUAGCAUCUUUCUGUCUUUUGCGACAUGUCGGGACGUGGAGCGGAUGACAAAGGCGACCAGAAAACAAGAUCCUACAGGCAACGGGGAUUGCCCAUCGACCCAGCUGUUUCUGGUCGUAGCGGAAACGAAACAAGCAAGCAAAAAUUCCAGACGUCGUGUCGUCACUGCUGACGUCACGGUCUUUCCGCCAAUCGGAAGCGCCACGGCUACACCCGAAAGCUGGCGGUGGAUGGUGGAUGCCGCCGUGGGUUGCGUGGAUUCAUUGUCGGGCGAUCGCACCGGUGAGGAGGUAAACGAGGAAGCCGCGCUCGUCGUUGGCUGUAUGCCUCUGCGUUGGCUCGUCCUCGACGCGUUGAGCGAGCACAGCAGUGGAGCAUACAGUUUCUCUAGAGCACACGUACCUAUAAGCAGCGGCAGCGUCGUUGGAGAGAGGAACCUGCACGAGUCGCGUGUUGUCCGGAGCUAUCUGAGGAGUUUCUCCGGUCAGCAUGCCCACGAUGAUAGGUUUAAACCUGCGUGUGACCGGACACUGUAACCAGGGUGGGCGGAAAUAUAUGGAAGACGCCUUCGUGGUCGCCUACCAGCAGACCAAGGACAAGUCUGGGCUGGAGUACGCUUACUUCGGGAUCUUCGACGGCCACGGCGGACGCGAGGCGGCCCUCUACGCCAAGGAGCAUUUGCUCGACGCGAUCGUCAAACAGAGUGGAUUCUGGUCCAACGAUGACGAACACGUGCUGCGCGCGAUCAAGCACGGUUUCCUCGCCACCCACCUCGGAAUGUGGAAGGAAGUUGGCAAAUGGCCAAAGACAAUGUCAGGUCAACCGAGCACCUCUGGCACAACAGCCAGCAUUGCGUUCAUCCGAAAGAGCAAGCUUUACAUAGGCCAUGUCGGGGAUUCCAGGAUCGUUUUGGGAUACGAAAGCGUUGAUGGCGACGAGGACUGGCAGGCGCAACCCCUGACGAGAGACCACAAGCCAGAGUCGCCGUCUGAGAAAGCCCGCAUCUACAGUGCGGGUGGCCUGGUGAUGAACAGGUCCGGCGUGGAUCGAGUGGUCUGGAACCGGCCGCCCAUCAACCACCGCGGACCAGUCCGGAGGAGCACCCACUUUGACAAGAUCCCUUUCCUGGCCGUGGCCCGAUCCUUGGGGGACCUUUGGAGCUACAACUACCAGGAGGGGGAGUUUGUGGUGAGCCCCGAGCCAGACGUGAGCGUGGUGCAGCUGGACGCCAGGCGCGAUCGGUGCAUUGUGAUUGCCUCGGACGGCCUCUGGAACAUGAUGAGCGUCCGGGACGCCAUCCAGGUGGUCCAGGAGGCGGAGAGGGACAACGAACGGGCCGUGCUCGAGGCUGCCCAGACUGGGUCCGCGGAGCGGCAGGUGCACAACCCUUCCAAGAUGCUGGUGGACGAGGCCCUUUUCCGGUGGAACCGGAUCAACACGCGGGCGGACAACACGAGCGUGGUGACGGUCAUGCUGGACCCGGCGGGGCCCUCCCGCAGCGAAGUGCUGCUCCGGCAGCGCUUCCUCAGGCGACUCAGGCCCCGCGAAGAGGCCCUCGACGUCGAGCAAACGCCAUACGGGUCGACCUGCGAGCCCGAAGCCAGCAGCCCACCGGGCUCUCCCCAACAUCAUGAGUCGCGAGGGAACUACUCGGCGGAAGACCUCCCUCGGCCCGUCAUCUUGACACCCAGGCGCAUGGGUCCCCCUUCGUCUCCCGUCGCGGCCGCAGCGUCUGCGACGACACCAGCCACAACGGCCACCGCAGCAACCACCGCUACAACCGCCGCAACCGCCGCGGCACCCGCGUCGGCUCCGGGUGCGAUGAACCGCGCAGACGCCCUCCAAGACUGCAAUCGGCAGCCAAAGCCCGACUCCGAGCCGACGAGCCAGGACGAAGACAAGAUCGUAGCCGACGACACGCAGGAAAACAGCAAGAACGUCGGCAAGGGAAGCCAUAAGCGGCGCCUCUGCCUGCAGGGCGAGGAGACGACGGAGUCGUUACACAAACAGCCUCGUGUGCACCAGGACUCAACGACGGACCUCCCCAAGAUGAGAGUGCGUAAGACGAGACUAUGAUGAUUUAGGCGUUGCAACGACCGGCAGCUCUCGCACAGUGUGCCUUCUUCCGGGUCUUCGGCGGAGGAAGCUCGGUGGUGCGGCGUCUGGCACCAACAUCCUCUCAUUGUCACCCCUCCUUUAAUUGGAACUGCGUAAGAAAUCGUCGCCCCAUUAUUUAUGAGUCACUCCGCAUUCUCAUCGUCACAGUCGUCCCCGUGGUGUGGCAGGGAACUGCCAUUGAAGCGAACAUUUCCUCGUCGUCGAGACCAAAGGAGGCGAAGUGGCAUCCACCAUUCCGCCACCUUUUCAGUGGUACAUUAUUUUUGUAACGACACGCUACAAGCGGUUGGUGGACUCGUCUCAGUGUGCAAAAUUUGGCUGCACCUUCGUCUACUCUCGUUUUCAGCGCGUUGCUCCGUUUAGGUUUCCACGUUCGCCGCGAGCAGCAGAAGUUCAUUUCCUUGGGGAUUCAUUUUUAUUGUGUAAAGUUGUAGUUAUACAUGUAGCUUAAUGCAUAUAGUAUUCCCAAUUUUUGUUCUAUUUUUCUGCUUGUGUUUGUUAUGUUUGUAAAUGAAUAUUCCUCAUUUCGUUCCUCGUUCACCAUCAACCUCAUUCCUGAGGUUGAUGGUGAACGUCCUUUAUCGCAUAUGGUCGAAAAUGGUGCACCGCAAGACUUAACGAGAAAUGUGUUGUAUAAAGCCUCGGGGAAUCACGAAAUGACCAACUACAUACAAACUGGAUCACGCAGAAGAUGUAUCGUGUUCGUUAAGGUCAUGCUCAUCUCUAGUUUUUCUCUUCAUGGUUGAAGUCGUAAGUUCAUACUAGUGUCCACCUGAUGUGCUGGCAUCGUCGCCUAAGCUUCAAACUUGGUAUGAUCGUGAUGACAUAAGUUUCCGCUAGGAGUCCAGUCAAAACUCGUUGCCAAGUGUAUGAUUGUGACACCUAGAGUUCCUGGUUGCUUCCUUUUUUUUUUUUGGCAAGUUUACACCGUAGUGGUGUUUGCUCUUGUAUGCCGAACGUGUAACACCCACAAAUGAGCGCUUUCACUUUAGCACCCUGUUUUUCAGGCAUUUGUGGGAACCAUGGGCAUUUUACCUUCUCGGCAUCAUCUACAUUGGCGUGCCACUAGAACGUUCCAUUGACAUACUGAAAGCAUGCUCGGAAACUUCUCUCUAGGCAGCGCACUGGAAGACGCGUGCACACAUUCGGUCACUCGAGCAAGGUGGGAGAUUAAAUUUAAGUUCACGCACGAAUGCUUCCUAGUGUGCCUGAAAUCUAAUUUCAGUGAACAAAAUCUCCCGAGUGAAAGAAUUUAAGACCGACCUUCGGCAAAAUUGCGACGGCUUUACUAGUUUUAUCUUUGUUGGUUUUAUGAUAGCAGCAAAGCUGACUUGUGAGAAUUACCGGGUGGAUUCUUUUUUUUUUUUCUUGGUUUACGUCGCUCUCUCGCGAACGUGCUAAUAGCCAUUUGAAAUUAUUAAUUGUAACCGGGGGCUACAGUUUAGGAAAAUACUUUUAGUGAGUUCGCAUUACUGCCACAGAUAGACAUACUUUGUUCUAACGGAGACUUCUUCACGCUGAGAUGUCGCUUUCGCACGGCAUCCCAACUUUUUGUGAAGUCUAUUCAGUGUCGUACAGAGAACUCAUUCUGUAAACGGGUACAGCACGACACUGAUACAGGUUGUUUUGAGGCCAUUGACACUGCUGGAGCUCUGGAAGGAGUCCCACAUAUUGCACAAGCUGCAUUUUUGUGUGUGUGUCACUUGUGAAGUGCUGUCUGUGUCACGAACGUGUUUGCAUUUGCAAAGUAUUGUAGUUCUUUGCAAAAUGCCUUUCCAAUGCCUGCCACAUAGAUUAUCUGGAUAUAGCUGCCAAUAACUGGAGUCGCAGUCAUAUUUCUCAAGAGGCGUACGAACGAUGUAAACGGUCAGAUUGCUUCCUGGAGGCGACGGCCGAGGCUCCUUGCCAGGUGGUGUUCUUUCCGACAUCCAUUACGACACAGUGGAAAGGACAAAAAAAAAAAAAAAAUACUACCGGGAUCCUGUGAUAUUUUGUGUACUACUGCCGUAUUGCUAGAGGGUAUUUUUAAAAGCUAGGAAAAGAAUGGUCCUUGGAUUGUGCCGCAAGAUAGAAAUGCUCGGCUAAAGCUUAGUUUUUGGAAUGCGAAAAGGAUAAUCUAUUUUGCACAGACUUCAACUCGUUCGUGUUCCAGCACUUUUAUACGUUGAUACAUUGUACUUGCCGGGAGCUAGAAGCACGACUGUACCGUGAAACGAUGGUCUAAAGAUGGCCGACGCCAGAUUGGUGAACCAGGGACGCGUCGUCGUCGAAAGUGCGAUUUAAAAUAAUUUCAAAAUCUGUACAUAAACUGAAUAAAAAAAACCAUCUCUGUGAAAA